GAGGCAGCCUGCCGCAAAGAAGAAGAAGAACGCCGCGCCCGCGAACGCCAAGAAGAAGAAGAAGCCAAAUGCCUGGAAAAAUUCGAAGGAGCCGAACCUUUGGAAGCGGCCGAACUUUUGGCCUUCACCGAUUCCAUGCUUCCCGGUUGUUCCCAACUCUUGGAUGAACUCCCCGACACCGUCUACCGCGUUUGCGACCUCAUCAUGACCGCCGUCAAACGCAACGGGGCCGCUUAUCGCGACUCCGUUCUCAAGCAAGUGGUCAAACAGGUUUGGGAAGCGGCCGACGUCCUCAUCAAGGCGGCGUUGCCGCUCACCACCAGCGACACCAAAACGGUGUCGGAAUGGAUCAGUCAAAUGGCGACUUUGCCUCAAGCUUCCAACUUGGCCACUCGGAUCCUUCUCCUCACCCUCCUCUUCGAGCAGUACCUCCAGGCAACUGGGAACAACUGGCGCUGGUUCGACGACCGGUCGGGUCGCUGGUGCAGCUACAGCGCCAGCAACAACAGCACCAUUGACGCCGCCUGGCGCGCCGGCGAGACAAGCGUCCGCUUCACCGCUGGCCGCCGCCGCUACACCGUCCAGUUCACCACCAUGGUGCAGGUGAACGAGGAGACGGGGAACAGGCGGCCGGUGAUGCUGACGCUGCUGCGAGCCCCCCGAUCCGGCAAGGGAGGGAAGGACGGCGCCGAAGGCGAGCGGGCGAGUGAGGAAGGACGGGAUCCGGAGGGAAGGGGCAAGGAGGAGCCCCCCGCGGCCAGCCCCGAGGAGGGCCGGGAAGGGCGGAAGGAGAAGGACGGGGAGCGCGGGGAGGAGCGGCAACGAGCCAAGGGCUCCAAGCCCCUCAUGCCCACCUCCACCAUCCUGCGGCUGUUGGCCGAGCUGGUGCGCUCCUACGUGGGUAUCGCCACCCUCAUCGCCAACUACAGCUACACCGUGGGACAGUCGGAGCUCAUCAAGGAGGACUGCAGCGUGCUGGCCUUCGUCCUGGACCACCUCCUGCCCCACACGCAGAACGCCGAGGACAAGGACACGCCGGCGCUGGCCCGCCUCUUCCUGGCCAGUCUGGCAGCGGCCGGCAGCGGCACCGACGCCCAGGUGGCCCUGGUCAACGAGGUGAAGGCAGCCCUGGGACGGGCGCUGGCCAUGGCCGAGAGCACCGAGAAGCACGCCAGGCUCCAAGCCGUCAUGUGCAUCAUCAGCACCAUCAUGGAGUCCUGCCCCUCCACCUCCAGCUUCUACAGCAGCGCCGCCAAGACCCAACACAACGGCAUGAACAACAUCAUCCGCCUCUUCCUCAAGAAGGGCUUGGUCAACGACCUGGCCAGGGUCCCUCACAGCCUCGACCUCUCCAGAUUUGGGGGGACGGGGGGGUGCCGAGAUCCCACCUCCCCCCCUUUAUCCCCUCCCGAAGAUUCCAUGAACAUCCUGGAUCCCGAAGACGAGGAAGAGCACACGCAGGAGGAAGACAGCAGCGGCAGCAACGAGGACGAGGACGACAGCCAGGACGAGGAGGAGGAGGAAGAGGAGGAAGAUGAGGACGAUCAGGACGAUGAGGAAGGGGAGGAAGGGGAGGAAGAGGAGGACGAUGACGACGGCUCGGAGAUGGAGCUGGACGAAGAUUACCCCGACAUGAACGCCUCCCCCCUCGUCCGCUUUGAGCGCUUCGACCGCGACGAUGACCUCAUCAUCGAGUUCGACAACAUACCUUCGGGGAGCAGCGUGGACAGCCUUUUGCGCCUCCGAGGCCGUUUAUUGCUGGAUCACGAAGCUCUCUCCUGCCUUCUGGUGCUGCUUUUCGUCGACGAACCCAAACUCAACACCAGCCGCCUCCACCGCGUCCUCCGAAACCUCUGCUACCACGCUCCCACCCGCGG